AUGCAUAAGUUCAAGGAUAAGUACGAACAUGAAAUCGAUCAUCUGGAGGAGUCGUUUCAAGGAGCCCACCUCCACGAUGCGAAGGCACAAGCCACCAACUUGAAACACAGGGUCGGCAAAAUUUUCAACAUUGUCAACCCCAAUCACCGUCACGACGAGGCACACGAGCAGGCGACAGAUAAUAAGCGCUCGGAGAUUACCGAGUCGCAUCGGUUCAAGUCCUUUGCGCCAAUUUGUGAGGGCAACCGUGUCAAGUGGUAUGUUGAUGCGCGGGACUACCUCUGGGCAGUCUCUGAGGCACUCGAGAAGGCAACCGAGACCAUCUACAUCGCCGACUGGUGGCUCUCUCCGGAGUUGUUUCUGCGUCGGCCACCAUUUCAACAUCGGGAAUGGCGACUGGACCAGAUUUUGAAGCGUCGUGCCGAGGCGGGUGUCAAGAUCUAUGUCAUUGUCUACAAGGAGGUUCAUCAAGCUCUGACUUGCAACUCUGCGCACACCAAACAUGCCCUCCAGAGUCUUUGUCCUCAAGGCACGCCUGGCCAUGGCAACAUCCGAGUGCUGCGUCAUCCAGAUCACAAUGUUUUUGAGAACGCAGCUGACAUGACGCUCUACUGGGCACACCACGAGAAACUCAUUGUGAUCGACUAUGCCCUAGCUUUUAUCGGGGGAAUCGAUCUUUGCUUCGGCCGAUGGGAUGCGAACCAGCACCCUCUAGCCGACGUACACCCGAGCGGCUUGCGCGACCACAUCUUCCCGGGCCAAGACUUCAACAACAACCGCAUCAUGGACUUCCAGAGCGUCGACGACUGGCAGAGCAAUGAGCUGAGCAAGGCCGAGUACGGGCGAAUGCCAUGGCACGACGUCGCAAUGGGCUUGAUCGGCGAUUGUGUCUACGAUAUCGCAGAGCACUUUGUCCUUCGCUGGAACUUUGUCAAGCGGGAUAAGUACAAGCGGACUUGUGAUGUGGAUUGGUUGUUGAUGGAAGGUCGUAUGGACGAAAAUGAGGAUAUCAUCGCGGUCCAGCGUCCCAAAUAUCCUUGUGGCGAGUAUAUCCAGCAUCCUCUGACGCCGUUGUCGAAUAAACCCCGUGGACAGCAGGGCUCUGUGCGUGCGCAGAUUGUGCGAAGCAGUGAUGACUGGAGCAGUGGUAUUCUGAACGAGCACAGUAUUCAGAAUGCGUACUGCGAGACUAUCCGCAAUGCUCAGCAUUUCGUCUACAUUGAAAACCAAUUUUUCAUUACUGCCACCGGUGACCAGCAGCGUCCCAUCUUCAACACCCUCGGUCGUGCUAUCGUCGAUGCCUGCGUUCGUGCAGGCAAGGAGGGUCGUAGGUUCCGUGUCAUCAUCGUCAUUUCCGCUAUCCCCGGCUUUGCCGGUGACCUGCGCGACUCCGCAGCAGCUGGCACCAGGGCUAUUAUGGACUAUCAAUACAAGUCGAUCUGCCGCGGCGACCACUCCAUCAUGGGUCAAAUCAAGAAGGCCGGCGUAGAUCCCACACAACAAAUCUUUGUGUUCGCUUUGCGCGCCUACGACCGAAUUAACAGGACUCCAGCCCUCGAAGAACUCGAGAAAAUGGCCGGUGUGAACUACCAGGAUAUUCAGCGUGGUAUCGCCGAGUCCAUCAUGAGUGAGAGUGUGCAUCCGGCGAUUGGUAAAGAAGGCGACGAAAAUGAGAAGAGUUACGAAGCCGACUCGGCUCAAAAGCAAGAGAACCUGCGCAAAUUCAAGAAGUUCGAGGAGCAGGUUAAACAGCUCAAGGCGGACGAGGGCAAGGCUAGCCGGGACUCGGUGGCACACACCAAUAUGCUGAAUGGGAACAAGAUGUCUGACGAGGUCUGGGAGGGCGAUGCCGAGGCUGAGAAGGCCAACAUCGUUCAGGAAGAAUUGUAUGUACAUGGUAAGAUGUGCAUUGUCGAUGACCGCACUGUCAUCUGCGGCAGUGCCAAUAUCAAUGAUCGGUCCCAACUCGGCUCCCACGAUAGCGAAUUGGCUAUCGUUAUGGAAGACCAAGACUUCAUCGACAGCCAGAUGAACGGCCAACCCUACCUCGCCGCCCGUCUAGCCGCAACCCUGCGCCGGCAGCUCUGGCGUGAACAUCUGGGUCUUCUUCCCGCACAGAACUACGAUGCCUCGAACGCCCCGAACUCACGCGCCCCAGAUGUCUGCCUCAAUGAGAUCCUGGAGGGAGCCGAGAAUGACUUUGUCACCGACCCGUUGAGCGAUGCGGUCUGGAAGACCUGGACGGAGCAGGCUAGCGUCAACACGGAGACGUAUCGGAUGCUGUUCCGCGCGGAUCCGGACAACAAUAUCAAGGCCUUUGAGGAUUAUGACAAUUUCCGUCCGCGUCGGUCCAAACAGGGUCAUUUGUUUGAUCCGUAUCAGUCGGCGGCGGAUGUGCGGCAGAUGUUGGAUCGUAUCAAGGGCCACCUGGUGUGGUUACCGCUGGAUUUCUUGUGCAAUGCGGAGAUGACUGAACCGGGGCUCGCUGUGAAUCAGAUUACUAAGAGCAUCUACACCUAG